AUGGGAAAGAGUUUGAAAGACUUUCCUUCAAUUCCCUCUCCUGAUUUACAGCUUCUGGACAGAUCAACCAAUAGGUUAAUACAAGAGGAAUUGUCAUAUGACAUUAAUGCAAUGAAGGCAGAGAAUGAUAGUUUGGUGGACCAACUCACUGAAGAGCAAAAGGCAAUAUAUGAUAACGUAUUGGACGAUGUUGAGAAUGAGUUGGGGGGAUUGUUUUUUGUGUACGGAUAUGGUGGUACGGGUAAAACCUUCUUGUGGAGAGCAUUGUCUUCCGCUUUGAGGUCAAAGGGUGAGAUUGUUUUAAAUGUUGCAUCGAGUGGCAUAGCUUCUCUAUUAUUACCAGGGGGAAGAACAGCGCAUUCAAGGUUUGCAAUACCAAUCGCUGUUAAUGAAGAUUCUACUUGCAAUAUCAGUCAAAGUAGUCCGUUGGCACACUUGAUAAUGCAAAGUCGGUUGAUCAUUUGGGGUGAGGCACCAAUGAUGCAGAAAUUUUUCUUUGAAGCUUUGGACCGAACUAUGCGAGAUCUACUGCGUGUUCAAAAUCCAAGAAGCUUUGAAAUGACGUUUGGUGGGAAAACCGUUGUGUUAGGUGGAGACUUCAGACAAAUUUUACCAGUAAUUCCAAAGGGGACCAGGCAAGAUAUAGUGGGUGCAAGUAUAAAUUCAUCAUAUCUUUGGAGAAGCUGUAAAGUAUUUAGGCUUACAAAGAAUCUGCGGCUUAGAGCAUUGCAAUCAGAGUCUGGAGUUCAAGAUAUUGAAGAAUAUGCAAAGUGGAUUGCUAAUAUAGGUGACAAAACUAUUGGUGAUUCGUUGGAUGGUGAAUGUGAGAUCAACAUUCCAGAAAAAUUCUUACUCAGGUCGGUGGAGGAUCCUAUUUCUACGAUUGUUGAUAGAAUAUUCCCGGGCCGGGGUUUCGUAAUGGAAUUCGAGAUGUCAAAUAUCUAA